AUGGCGGCCCUUCUCUACUAUGCCGGCUGCUUGCUAGUCGGGUACAUCGCCCUCACGAUGUUCUUCUACGCCCUCUCGCUGGUCCUCCCCAAGGCCGCCUUCGUGGCCAGGGUGUUGGCCUCGUACAUGUCGUUAAUCGUCUGCUCCCUCUACGGCGUGUCCGCGUCCGUCGCCUUGCGCCUGGUCGGUCGCGGCCAGCUCUCCCAGUGGACCGUCGCCCGCAGCUUCAAGUACCUCAUGGGUUUCGCGACGGGCGUCACCUUCGACGUUGAGGACCCACGCAACCACCUGGGCACAGUGCGCCCAGCCGUCUUCAUCGGCAACCACCAGACCGAGCUGGACGUGCUGAUGCUGGGCUGCAUGUUCCCCAAGUACUGCAGCGUCACGGCCAAGGCGUCGCUCAAGAAGGUGCCCUUCCUCGGCUGGUUCAUGGCCCUCAGCGGCAGCGUCUUCAUUGACCGCGCCAACAGUAAAGACGCCCGUCAGGCUAUGCAGGGCGCCGCCAACGAGAUCCGCGACAAGCGCCAGAGCGUCUACAUGUUCCCCGAAGGCACCCGCAGCUAUGCGAAGGAGCCUAUGCUGCUACCUUUCAAGAAGGGCGCCUUCCAUCUCGCCGUCCAGGCCCAGGUGCCCAUUGUUCCUGUGGUUGUCGCCAACUACAGCCACGUCCUUUGGGUCAAGGGGCUUGUGUUUAACGCCGGUCGCAUUCCAUGCAAGGUCCUCGACCCGAUCCCAACCACGGGUCUCACGGCCGCCGACGUCGACGAACUGACGCGCACCACCCGGAACCUGAUGCUCGACGAGCUGCACGCCCUGACCGAGAAGGCGCGUGGAUUGCAGGCUGGUGCGACAAAGGUAGCGCCAGCGACGGAGUCGAAUGGGGUAGCGUCCAAGGCGACGGGGUCGGAUAUGAGGGUUAAUGCUUGA